CACAAAACACCCCGGGCUUACAGUGUUCUUCUGGCUGUUGCUAUCAGGAUUGAACAUUUAGCUGGCCUGAUAUCUUGGCAAUCACCCUUUUGCAAUUAAAUGGUCUGCUCGCGCGAUUGCACUACCGGCAAGCCCCAUAAAUUCUACUCGUGCACGCAUAAAAGGAAAUGUCAAUGCAGGCAGAACAGGACAAUCAUAUGCAUGCGCAUGCGCCUAGAAAAUGCCACUGUUCCCAAAUUCAAACAUGGGACAAUAUGGUGAUUCAUUAUCGUCAAGGCCUGACAGUCUUGCACGGAAUAUACCCACAACAACGUUUCCUUAUUGGCAAUAAGCUUGAGUCAAGCAGAAACCCACAAGAAAUAUUGGCAUGACAGCCGUUCAUUGCUAAGGAUUAUUUCCCCCAACCCUCUGGCGAUGCCGCCUUUUGAUGGGGUAACUGCCAGUAUAUUGCAUGCAUGCAUGCGCAAGAAUUUCGGCAUCAAAUUAAACCUUGCAACAAUCCAAAAACCAGUUCACAAUCUUGCUGCCUACAGGGCAGUUCACCACACACUGAUGCACAGAAAGCAACCACGUCUUCCUUGGCAUAUUUGGGUCUUGACUGCCGCGGAAUGACUUUUGCAGUGUCAGGACUGAGUUGAUGGGUGGAACAAAUGGCGAAAGUCUUGAGAAUAUCUUGAGUGGUUCUUGAGUAUGUCUUGAGUGGUCUCGAAUCCCUAAAACAAAGUCAUGGCACGGGCUGCGAAACCAACUAAGUCAAAUACAGUGGAGGCGGAUGGCAAUUUGGCGCCUCUGUUUCCCAUCCAGGGCAGCUGCCUCAUCAAAUCCCAAGCCCUUGCUGGAAUUCUCACAAUACUCCCACAGCUCUGCGGGUC